AUGAUCGGGAGAAAAAUAAUCACAAUCCAGGAGGAGGAUUUCGAAGGCGACGCUGGUGGUUCGACUUUGAGCGCGAGUGGAGCUGGUUUGACAGCGCCGAGAAUCAGAAAACCCAACUUGCGGAUCUUGACCAAGGGUAAUGCGGAUCCGCCAUGCCCUUCCGCUUUCAAAGAACGAAUGAACUAUGUGGAGACACCGCAGAGAAGCGCCAACCAAUAUCGUCCAUCGUCAUUGACCACCCUGUUCACCCCCGAUACAAGUCAUACUUUUGGCCGUCCUAACCCCACUUCCUGUGCACCUCCUUCCCCCGCCGAAAUGGCCAAGAACAUUACUCGUCGGCUAGACCGAUAUUCCAGGGAUGAGGCGGCGCUCACAACUGCAUUCCAGCAUUACCAUGCCAGCUCUCUGUCGUCUCCGAAUGAAACUAAGAUCGUGAUAUUGGAACAAGCAACGGCGUUGCUGAGUGCUCGGGCAGAAGAGGCAAAGAAGCGUGUUGCAGAGUUGAGGUUAAGGUUGGCAGAGAAUUCUGUAACUGACGAGAGGGAGAUCAGGACGUUGCAGAAAGAGCGUUGGAUGGAGGAGAAACGGGCUGGGAAGGUAGAAGAAGAGCGCAAGGUUGUGGGUAUACACGCAGAUGCGCUAUUAUCGUCAGGGGACAAAGAGAACAAGUAUUCCAGGGAUACCAGCGCGUCAACGUCCAGUGUAGAAGAGUGGCGGAAGCAGGUCAACCUUGCCCGAUUUUUCGAACGGUCGCCAACACAGACAACGAUUCUGUGUCACAAGCACUCGAGUUCGGAACGGCUUAAAGCCUCUCCUCGCAUCAUGUCUCCCAAGGAUCUCGAAACACCGCUUCUUCGUCCUUGGCCGUUCACAGAUACUCUCAAACAGCCCAUGUUCUUCGAUGACUCGUUUGCUCCUUCACGGCAACGGAAUACGAAGCUGCAGCCAAAGAAGUUAGGGAUGCUGCUGCAUGCAUCCCCCCUGCGGACUGUAGCGGAAGAUACGUCCUACGAGCUGGAAUGGAAUCACUCAGCGCCUCCAACCGCCACCGACUCUGUAUUCCCGUUCAACGCCCCUUCACAGACCACUGCCUCAUCUGCCGCGAGCGAGUGUCCUACACUACAUGACGAUGACCACCAUCUGUCUUUCUUGAACUCCGAAACCCAGGGAUUUGCUACCAUAUACUACACACGUCCUCUCUCGCUGUCCAAGGAGGAGAUACUAGCAACCAAUCACUCCCCUGGAAUCACAAUGCCCGACUACGUCGAACACCUGUUAGAUAGAUUCGAACAGAUCCAGGACAAUUUCUCACUUACCAUCAUGACGCCUCGUUCAAAGGCAUCUUUCCGGUCGCGUCCCUCGUUCGUGUUGGUCUCACCUGUGCGGCCUUCAAUUGAAAGUAGGGGCGCAGCAUCCAAUGCAGAGGACCGUACUCCCACCAGAUCCGAGACCCCUGCGUCUACCGCGAGCCAGCGGUCGAUCUUUCGGAGGAGCCUCAAGCUGCCCAAGAAACUGAAGAAACCCAAACCUCACGUGCAUUCUCAGAGCCAGUCAUAUGCGACCUCCUCUGCGGUGCUCCAAGCCAUACGAGAAGACAACGCGUGGACUGAAAGCGACGAAGCUGCAUUAGGUCGGCCGCUCAAGUCGUUUUUCAGACAUCGCUCGCACAUGAGUGAAGGCGCGGCACUCAAUCCUGCAGCUGGUACGAGUACAGAUACCCUAUCUACCUCGCGCAUGACUAGUAUAGCUGCGAGGGCGCGCCAGCGCAUGUCGAUCUUCUCUGGGUCUAGGUAG